CCUAAUGGACGGUCUUUCCUUGAUGUAUCUGAAGAUGAAGUAAUACAAACUGUCCGUAAAGAUAAUGUAAAACAGCCUGUGGACACAGAAAAGAAGAAUGAAAAGUCAAAGAAAAAAAAGAAACCAAAGGGGGAUGCUAAAACGGUUCAGGAUGUGUCUCGUCUGGAUGGAAAGGAAGUUGAUGAAGGAACCUGGGAAACAAAAAUCAGUAACAGGGAGAAGCGUCAGCAGCGUAAGCGAGACAAGGUGCUGACCGACGGGGGCUCAGGAGAAUCAAAUCUCCAGGGGGUGGAAAAUGCGGUUACUGUAUCCAUUGAACAACUGAUGCCUACUCCUUCGCUUCCAGUUGGUCUCAGAAAAAACAAAGGUGAUGCACUUUUGAAUGCACAGAUUAGCAGCUCUAAACCUGCAAAGGGAGAGUCAUCAAUUCCACAAGUUUCUUCAGGAUUGAGUGAAAGCCAUACAGUAAAUGGAGGAAGCUGGAAUGAGAAGUCCGUAAAAAUCUCCUCACAGAUUGGUGUAGGGGAGGAGAAAUGGACAUCUGUUCCUUCAACUGCAGCUGGGAAGAGGAAGACUGAGACAUUGGCUUGGGGCCAGGACACUGGAGAUACUAAUGGGAAUGGAAAGGACUGGGGUGUAACCCUGGUGGGCAGGCCCUGGAAGGAGCGUUCUUUGUUCACUCCUAUUGGAUCGAACAGCGAAUCAGUUUCUCAGGCUGGUACUUCUGAUUUUCAGUGGGAUUUAAGUCAUGCUCAAGCCCCUGUUGAUGACGAAUGGUCUGGGUUAAAUGGACUUUCUUCAGCUGAUCCCAGCUCUGACUGGAAUGCACCAGCAGAAGAAUGGGGAAACUGGGUAGAUGAAGAAAAAGUUGCUUCUGUUCCUAAACGUGAAGAGAGAUCUGAUAUUCAGAAGAUUACAAAUAAUGAAAGAGAAAAAUCAGAGCCAAUUCUUCAGAGUUCUACAAGUGGCAAAUCUAAGAAAAAGAAGAAGAAAAAGAAGAAGCAGGGUGAAGACCCUAACUCUUCUGCACAGGAUACUGAAGAACUGGAUAGAGAAGCUGGAGAGGAAUUUCAGAAGGAUACCUCAAAAGUUCAACCACAGCAGGAAAGAGCUUUUUCUCUGAAGACCCUAAGUACUAGUGAACCAGCUAAGGCUGAGGAGGCUCCUUCACUUGCUGUUUCUACUGAGCCAUCUGUAAUUGUAUCAGAGAGCGAUUCUGGCAAGAUCGCUUCCCAAGUGCCACAGAAGCUGCAAGAGACAGAUGUUUCUAGUCCCAAUAUUAAGCAAAACAGUGUGCCUCCUCCACAGACAAAGUCUGAAGAAAGCUGGGAAUCUCCCAAACAAGUUAAAAAGAAGAAAAAAGCAAGAAGGGAAACGUGAACUUCCUGAGAUGGACGUGUUGCUGAAUAUUGUCAUGAAGAUUAUGCUGUUUAUGCAAUAAUUUGUGAACAUGUACAGAAUUUUAUAUAAAUUUCAAACAAUUUUUAAAAACAGAACUGCUGUGAACAGAAACAUCUUUAAAAAAGGAAUCAAAUGAAAGUAACUUUAUGAUAUAGCAAACAGACCACGCUACGUUUGAAAGACAUUCUGAAGAGUCUGUUUUUCCAGCUUUUGGAGAGAGAUCUUAAUUAAAAACAAAACUGGUUUUACAACACAGUGCCCUGUUUACAACAGAUUAUAUUCUCAUCUACAGCUGCGGAUAAAAGAUUAAUUUCAAGGAAAGGUUUUCUGUAAAAAUAAUUGUCUGCACAAUAGUGGGUGUUUCUUGCCUCUCUUAUGAGCGAUGCGUUAGAAACACAGAAUGUCAACCAUUUGAAUUUGUUUCAUGCCUAAGUCAAAGUGCUUUGAUUAAAUACGUAAUCUGCCAUAUCUUUGCAGUAAGGUGGUUAGCAAGUCUGCUGGCUAUUACAGGAAUCACAAGUGCAAAUCAUUAACCAUUUGUACAGUCAGACCUUCAUGGUUUAUUAUAUGAAGUUAACACAAUAAAACUGCUUUGGG